AUCAUACACCACGACAACACCACCACAGACUCAACCCCGCGGCAAUUCAUCUCCAUGUCCUCCGCCGCCGCCGCUGGUGCUUCCUGGACAUGCCUGAAGACCCCUCCUUCGUUCACAGUGUACUCCACAUGGCGUGUGGACGUAGCCGACGUGCUCUCGUGCACCAUGAACGAUCAGUCCAAGGACUGCCUCUUGAUUCCAACGUUGCAGGAAUGCCAGGACAAGUACAUGAACGACAACACCCGUCCGAUCAAAUCGUGCGCUGCGUCCGAGACAAGGAACGCGUCGACGUUGUGCGGCCAAGUGUACGUCCAGCUCACGUCGAGUGGUACCCCAACGACACCACCUCCACCACCACCACCCACUACCACUACCACCACCACCGACCCGCCCAGCAAACUCAAGGGAGACUGGCGGUGCUUUCAAACGACCGCCGGCGACAGCGUCGUGGUCCACCUUGAAACCACAGCAUGCCUGUCCAACGAUCAACGCACUUGCGUGUCCUUUCCCACGUCCACGGCGUGCGCGACGGCCUUGCUACAAGAACCGUCUCUGGUCCUCGAUACAAGCACACUUCCGCUGCCGUGCGCCAGCCUGACGUCACCACUGCCUGUGUGGUGCCCCGCGUCCCCAUCAUCGCCUCUUCCCGCGCCAUCCCUUCCACCGCACUCGUCGUCAUCUACGAUCAUCAUCAUCGUGGCGCUAGCCGCGGGAAUUGUCGUCUGUGUGGGCUUCCUCGUGCACAUGAAGAAGAAGACGUUUCCUACGACCCGAUCCCGCGGCGCGUCGUCGUUUAUGUGGCCCAUGUCCACUCGAUCCAACUUUGGCAGACGUUUGUUUCAAAACAAGCUCACCCCAGACGAUUCAGUUUUCUCUGCAGAUCACAUCCACCUGGGCAACCUCAUCCACUGGCGACUAGAUGAGACCCAACUGGCGACCAUCUCGACGCUGCACACGAGCUCCACGGGCCUCGUGUCCCUCGCUCGGUACUUGGGCAAGGUGGUUGUGGUCAAGCAGCCGCUCGAGUGCGAUCGAUCCAUGGACAUCAUGCAAGCCUUUGUGGGGGAAAUAGAACUCAUGAUCCGAGUGCAAUCUCCCCACGUAAUUCAGGUUGUGGGGGUAUCAUACAUGCGCCUGCGGGAUCUAUCGCUUGUGCUCGAGUACAUGGAGCGAGGGGAUUUGCAAACGUACCUGAGCACAACCAAGUUGACGCCAUCCCUAUUAAAUUGGCCGCAAAAGCUGGCAAUUCUCAAAGAUAUUGUGUCUGGCCUCGGUCAUAUCCACGCGCUCGGCGUGAUUCAUAGAGAUAUCAAAGCGCGUAACAUCCUCUUGUCCCAUGACCUGCGCGCCAAGCUCACGGACUUCGGCGUGGCGCGGCAAGUGUCUGGAACGACCAUGACCCAGGGCAUCGGGUCUCUGCAGUGGACAGCACCUGAAGUGCUCGAGGGCGGCCAGUACACUGCGCAAGCAGACAUGUAUUCCCUGGGCAUUUUACUCAGCGAACUCGACACCCAUCAGCCGCCAUACGCGACAGACGAGGACGCGCUCAGUGAUAUUGUGCUCCUGCGGCCGUCGCUGCAAUGUCCGCCAGAAAGAAACCCAGCAGAAGAAGAGGAUAAGAAAAGGUACCAUGGCGUAGUUGGCUUUAGCACGUCCUGCCCCCAUCGAGUACAAAAGCUGGCUACGCUGUGUCUGGCGCUGGAUCCAAACAAACGGCCGACGCCGGCCCAAGUGCUGCAAAUGCUAGCUUGACCUAGCUUCAGUAGUAUUAAAGUGCACCAAUUAUUGACACUGUUGUUUGGUCUAGUUUUGUCGGC